AUGACGACAGCAUACGAGCCUGGCAAUGCUGACCUUAUGAGACAACACCACGGUGAUAUUAUCUACGAACCUAGCGGCUUUGUAAGGAAGAUACACAGGAAAGAUGCCAACAUCCAUCAAACAAUUGUAAACACUUAUACUGAUAUGUGGAAGGCCGAUAAAAAAGAUGCAACAAACAGAGAAGAAAGCAUCAAAAACAGGCGAGAACAUGCACAAAUAAUGACCAACGCUUUCUAUGAUAUCGUUACCGACUUUUAUGAAUAUGGCAAUCCCAUUAUUAACACACAGUAUCCCUCUCGUCAUAUAGGAUGGGGCGAAUCCUUCCACUUUGCCCGUUCAUACAAAGGCGAUACUUUCGAACAAUCAAUAAAGCGGCAUGAGCAAUAUCUAUCUCUCAAGUUAGGAUUAUCUCGGAACAGUAGAACAUUCGAUGUUGGAUGCGGAGUAGGCGGUCCUAUGCGAGAAAUUGUCAGGUUAAGUGGUGCGCACGUGACUGGGAUAAACAAUAAUGCUUACCAAAUCGAAAGAUGUAAGACUUACUCAAAGAAGUUUGGAUUGGAAAGUAUGACGGAUUUUGUAAAGGGCGAUUUCACUAAUAUUCCCCGCGAACUUUACAAUCGAUUCGACACCGCAUAUGCUCUCGAGGCCACUGUCCACUCUCCAAAACUUGAACUGGUUUAUGGCGAGGUAUUUCGUGCUCUGAAACCAGGUGGUUUGUUUGCUACUUACGAAUGGGUCACCACAUCGAAAUAUGACGAUAACGACGCCGACCAUAGGCGGAUUAUCCAUGGAAUAGAGGAGGGUAACUCUAUCCCAAAGUUGAGUACGUACAUACAAGCGCUCGAUGCUGCAAAGAAAGUUGGGUUUGAAAUUGUGGAAUACGAAGAUAUGGCAAUAUUGGAUGAAUGCCACGAUCCUUGGUAUAACACUUUAAAAGGCAAAUUUUCUCUUACCGAUUUUAAGAUGACGCGUAUUGGCAGAUGGACUACACACAAGUUAGUCGCAGUGCUCGAAUUAUUGGGCAUUGCCGCGUCUGGUUCUACCGAUGUAUCGUCAGUUCUCAUGAAUGCUGCUGAUGCUCUAGUCGAAGGAGGUGAAACGGGAAUAUUUACGCCAAUGUUCUUUAUAUUACUUCGAAAGCCCAAAGAUGCGUAG